GGGCGCAGGCGGCGGAGUCUCCACCUCUUCUGGCAACUUGAACCUGUGGCUGCCAAGCUCCAUUAAAGCUAUCAGCGGCCGGGGGGACGCGCUGCACAGCGAAGGCGGCGUGGGCUGUGGGGUUUUAUUUUAAAACAGAUAUUUUUGUUUUUUUUCUCCCAUCGGAAGGCUUGGGGCUGAGCAGAACUACAGCUCCGGAGCCUGCCCCGCCGCGCUCAGCCUCCCACCGGCGGGUUGAAGCCGGGGUCCCGUCGCCGCGGGCACCGGAGCACCGGAGGCCGCCCAUGGCUACGCCGCCGGGCGCCGCGCCCCGCUAAGCUUCGUGGGCAUCGGCGGAGAUCGCGCCUCUCCUACGGCCGUCUCGUUGAGGAAACAGAGCGACCACCAUGGUCCGGUGCUGGUGGCUUACCGGGCUGCUCGUAGCAUGCGCGGCCGCGGAGCCGCCGCUGCGCUGGGAGUCGCGGUGCCGGCAGCAGCUCCGCCACCUGCAGGACGGCGCCAGGAUCGCGGCGCGGCUGCCCCCGCGCCUGGAGGGCCGAUGGGUCUCCACCGGGUGCGAGGUGCGGCCAGGACCUGAGUUCCUCACCCGAUCCUACCUCUUCUACUCUAACCGCCUCUUCAAGGCUUACCAGUUCUACUACUGGGACCCCUCCUGCCACGACCCCUCCUACACGCUGGUCAUCAAGGGCAAGCUGCGGCUGCGCCAGGCCUCCUGGAUCACUCGUGGGGCCACCGAGGCCGACUACCACCUCCACAAAGUUGGCAUCGUUUUCCAUAGCCAGAAAGCCAUGCAGGAGGUGGCCUCCUGGAUCAACCAGACCUCCAGUGAGGGCUGCAGUGGGUUCCUGCCCCCAGGGCGCACUUGGGCUCCUGGAGCCCUCUAUGAACUGCUGAGUGCUAAGACUGAGCGUGACUGCACAGCUGCCUUGGGCUUCACCAUGCAUGAGCUCAGCUUGGUGCGGGUGGAGAAGCACUACCAGCCACUGCUGCAGCCCCAGCAGAGCGGGAGCCAUCUGGUGGAGGAGCUGUAUCUGGGGGACAUUCACACAGAGUGGGUCGAGAGGCUGCACUACCGACCAACUGGUUACCAGCGACCGAUGCAGAGUGCUGUGCACCAUGUGCAUCCUUGCCCAGCCUGUGGGAUCAUAUACAGAGCCGAUGAGCACCACCCACCCAUACUGCCCACCAGAGCUCAGCUGCCCAUGCAGCUCAGCGGCAGCUGGGUGAGCACCCACUGCGAGGUCCGACCUGCCGUGCUUUUCCUGACCAGGUACUUCAUAUUCCACGGUCACAACCACACCUGGGAAGGUUACUACUAUCACUACUCAGACCCGCUCUGCAAACAGCCGACCUUCACCAUCUAUGCAUCUGGGCAUUACACCCAGGGCAUCCCCUCCUCCAAAGUGAGAGGUGGCACAGAGCUGGCCUUUAAAGUCACCCAGGCUCGGGUGACACCCAUGGACCAGGUGACAGUGAUGAUGCUGAACUCCUCAGAACCUGGAAGCUGUGGGCUGACAAGCUCCUGGAGCGCUGGGCUGGAGCAGGAUAUAACCCCCACAAACGGAUGUUUGGCGUUGGGCAUCAGGCUGCCCCACACCGAGUAUGAGCUUUUCAAAACGGAGCAAGACACGAGAGACCGCAGCCUGCUGUACAUCGGCGAGAGGCCCACGGACGGGUCCAGCCCCGACAGCCCCGACAAGCGGCCCACCUCCUAUCAGGCACCUCUGAUUCAGUGUGCGGGGGCGCCAGAAGAGUUCUCCAACUACGUUAGUCUAAAAUACUUGGGAAAGAAGGAUGCUAAUGGGAAUGAAGCACUGAAACCUUUGCCUGUGGCCUUUUUAUUGUUCAUAGCACUUCUGUUUUUAAGGUGGGACUAAUUCUCUAUUCAGGUGCAGCACAGAAUUCAGAUAGUCCUGGUGCUAGCAUGAUUUUUAUAGCCUUCAAAUAAGCACAUCUGGAAUCUGUUUUACUCAGCUUUGGAAACACUUUUUAGAAACACCCAACAACAGUGGAUGAAGCCAAGAAGAUAUUCCUGACAACAUGCUGUUUGUCCUCUGGCUUUCUUGCCUACUCUCUCCUCUUUGUGUACACAUUUAAUGUAGUGACAUGGAUGUGCUGCACAUUGGGGUGCAGAAUGGAGCAAUACAAGGGGAGAAAAAGAAACAUCAACUACAGUUGCUGCUUUGAGCUUCUGACAUUGCUAAGAUUUAAUCAAGAGCUUGAUUCAGAUGUAAUUCAACCAUCCAAAGUGUCAGCUGCUGAGUUUCUUUGAGGUUAAAUUCCUUCCCAUCAUACUUCUUGUUGCUGUUCUUGCAAAUUUAAUCUGCAGAGUCAGUCAGCAGUAGACAGUCAGCAAGUGUUCUUGAUAAGGGCACAGUUCAUCCUGCCAUUCUCAGUUUACACACAUUUCCUGCAGUCUUCCUGCCUGUGUAGGCACACAAAGGUGCAACAUACAAUCCUCUUUUAGUAUGUGCCCUUUCAGAGCAUUACCUUGGCAGACUGUUAUUCCUGACCCUGAUCACUAAAGAAGAUACAGGAAAUGGAGAACAUUUCUCUGCACGACUGCUCCAACCUCCAGCAACACAUAGCUGCAGAUAUGGCAUCCUCGCUGCUCAAUUCUGGCUUUCCCAUGCAGCAUGUGGGACAUCAGCAGUAGCUCCAUGUCACUGCCAGCCCUGUCUGGCAGACAGAGGCACUGCCAGGCAAUCACAGCUUGCACUUGCCAUGCACUAAGCACAGCAGAAGAUUGCUUCCAAGUCUUCUUGGGCCAUAAAUUUUCACCACCUCCUUUUUAGUAACUGUACUGGCAUGCCAGUUGAUAAUCCAGCUCUCCUUUCCAUCAAGAUGUCACUUCCAGCCUCAUCCCAGUAAAAAUGUUUUAUAAAUCUGCCUCUAGUGAACAAUGGGCUGAGGAGAUACACAAAUCAGACAGCCCAGUCAGGACACACUGAUUUCUACUGACAAGAAGGACAAACUCAGAAAUUAUAUUCCCUGUCUGCUGCAGCCAAGAAGCAUAUAACUUACUUGGAGAAGCCCUCCUACCAGUAGCUAAGUCCUCUCCAAAUAAGCCUAUAUAUCUUACUCACAAAGGGUAUUUUGUUAAACCAGCUAUGCAAUAGCUACCUUCUUAAUGCUGUAUUUACGAACUUGCAGCUUGUAUUUAGAUAAAUUAUGGGGUUUAUAACAUAAAAAUACUUUGGGGAAAUCUGUACAUUAACUAAUAAUUCAAAUGAGAUGCUCAUUAAAUGCAUUCAGUUGUGACAUAAA